AUAUAGAUAAUUAAAAAAAUUUCGUAUAAGAACAUUUUUUACCGUUUCAGGCGUAGUGCUUAUUGUUAGACUUAUGUGUGCGUAUAAUAUGACGUACAUUCGUAUAUUGUACGUAACGGUAAAGAAACUAGAGUAUGUUUGCAUUGAUUUGUUCAUUGAUCAGACGCAAUAUGAUAUACAUAUAUAAUGUAUCUAUUAGUUUUAGCUCUUGAUAUUAGCAACAAAUGCAAAACUACGCCCUACUCAAAUUUAUUUAAUUGAUAAUUGGUGAUUUUACGUAUAGAUUAACGAGCAAUUAAUUUCAAUAUAAGUCAAAUAUAACAGAAGAGGUUUGUCUAAGGUUAUCGAAUUUGUCAACGAUUAUAUUGAUUCUAAAUCUACUUUGAAGAAUUUUUCAUCGAAUGUUACCAUAAUUUUUUCGGUAUAACAAGUUCGAUGUUCGUCGAGGCUCACAACCACGACCAUUAUUAGGUCUGUCGCAAUUUCUCGCGCAUGCGUAAGAAUACAGUAACGUAUAUACUUGACGUCAUGAAAACCAGAAACAGUUUUGGCGGGCCCCAAGCCAUAAGAUUAACGCGCGAGAUAGAUUAAGAGAUUUCAAAUAAAUUUAUUAUUAUCACCAUUGUCUUUCAUUUAUAGAUAUAAAUGAGACAAAAGAGACUAUUAAGAAACAAGUAAAUAGAAACUUCCAAAAUUCGUGGCUUAGUGAUACGACUUUAAAAGUUGAAUACCUCGUUAUCCCGUAGAAAAUAGUUAUUAGUACUGUAGAAAAUACUCUAGAAAAUAGUACUGUAUACGAAUUAAAACAGACUUAAUGAAGCAAUAAUUAACAGUUAAGCAUAUGUAAAAGUAUGAAUGGUUAUAAUAAAAGCCUCAGUAAUGAGAGUAACUGUCUAUCGCAUAUAGACAAAGUAAAAUGCGUAAAAAGCAAAUUAUCAAUACCUUUUGUUGUACACAACAUUGCUUUUUAUACUACAAAUCAUUUAAUUGCUUUAUUAUAAGAUAUACUUAUUGACCUUGAAGUUGUGCAAGACCUUCCAUUGGAUCGACAUAAGUGCACUUUUAUCGUUAAACAAGUGUAUUUGCGAAACAGGAAAUUGAAGAAUUUGUCAACAUUUUACAAUCUCAAACAAAAAGUAAGGGCCCAUACGACGCUCUUCUUUAUUUAUUGAAAGCACAUCUCUGUUGUCGUUUUCUCUGCUACAUGCAAGAAAUUGCAGCAGUCUAACGACGCUGCUCGUGACAUGAACCGACCAAUCAGAUGAAUCAGCGAAGAAUUAUCGAUACUGCACACAUUCGGAUAAGAUUGAAAGUUAUUUCAAUACGUAACGUAUACAAGCGAACGGAAGAUAAUUAUUACGUUGAACAAGUUUGAAAUAUUUGCAGUAAUUCACGAUAAGUGAUUUAUAAAUGAAGGCAAGAUAUUUAAAACAAGGAUGAAGUUGACAUGAAGUUAACAUUGUAUAAUGUUCACCCAUGUACAUGUCCAUUUUGGGACAAUAAAAUUAUAUUUGAAAGAUGACAAUUUUUAUGUUAUGAAUAAUUAUGAUGCAAACGUAUACACAUGAGAAUUAGGAAAUUUCAGUGGUCGUAUCUCUUUUGAAAGCAACGUAUAAAUUUAUAACAAUGGAAACUCAACCAAUGGAUAACUUGUAUCUUGCAUUGAUACAAUGCUUUGCUAUUAUAUUAUGCGGGUAUAUUGCUGGAAGGUUCAAUGUCAUUACAAAAACAGAAGCAAAUGGCCUGAAUACUUUUGUAGGCACAUUCGCUCUGCCAUCCUUAAUUUUUAUGUCACUAGCAGAACUUGAUUUUACUUUAGUAAAUUGGAAAUUCUUGCUUGCUGUAUUAUUAGCCAAAAGUUGUGUAUUUUUGAUCGUACUAAGUGUAUCUCUAGUUAUUAAAAGACCAUCAAAUCCAGGGUGUGCUGCACUUUUUGCAAUAUUUACCACACAGAGCAACGACUUUGCUAUCGGAUAUCCCAUGAUUGAUGCAAUAUAUGGUAAAACACAUCCAGAAUAUUCUGCAUAUCUGUAUUUAAUGGCACCUAUAUCGUUGGUUAUUUUAAACCCAAUUGGUUUUGUGUUAUUGGAAAUUGGCAAACGCAAUAACGAAAACCAUAGGAGCUAUAAGGACAUGGUUUAUUCUAUAGUGAAGGGAAUCGCAUUUAACCCAGUACUUUUUAUGACAAUACUUGGUAUUAUUGGAAAUUUUCUUUCCAGUCAUAAAGUACCAUGUGCACUUGCUACUGUUCUAAAUGUAUUUGGUAAUGCUUUCUCAGCCAGUGCUCUCUUUCUGUUGGGUUUAAUGAUGGUUGGCAAAAUACACAAAUUAAAAGGUAUAGCCCUUGUGAUACCAGGUAUAUUAAUAUCGGUGAAAUUGUUGGUUCUUCCAUUGGUUAUAAGAGAAUCUAUUAUUCUUCUAAAUACUGGAGAAAAUGCUACAGAUACACAAGAUUUAAGUACAUACGGAUUUCUGUAUGGUACUAUUCCAACAGCCCCGGCUUUAUUUAUUUUCACUCUUCGAUAUAACCUUGAAAUUGAUUUAAUUGCAUCAGCAAUGGUGGCUUGUACAUUCUUAUCUGCUCCGCUUAUGUUUGUAUCAGCAAAACUAAUUGAUGCAGUUUCGACUGAAACUACCCCAACAAAUUAUACGCAUCAGCUAAAUAUGUUUUCCUUCGAUGUAAGCAUUGCUUCGAUAAUGGUUUGCGUUUGGUUGAUAAUUUGUUUCAUUGUAUUGGAAAGAAAAAAAUACAAAUGUGUUACUCAUCGAUGUACAUUAUGUAUUGUAAUUGCACAGUUAGCUACAGCUAUAGGUGUGGUUAUUUGGACAAAACUUGAAAUGCAUAGUACCGGAUCAAUUUUAUGGUAUAUCCAGUUCAUUUUAAUUACUACAGGAGUAUAUGUAAGUCGCAUGUGGACAAUGGCAACAGCAGCAACUUUAUUAUAUCUAAGCUCCCAAUCUUUGAACUUUGUUAAAAAUAUGCAGAAAUGGUUUUUCUUUAUUGGUUGGGGGCUCCCAGUUUUAAUAGUGUUUAUAAUGUGCAGUACAUUAACUCCAAGAAACUCUGAACUUGAGUAUAAAAACCCUAAUUUUCAGUUUGGUAGAAUUCAAGCAGCAAUUUCUACUCUUUUAUUAAUAUUUUGUUUUAUUGUAACAUUGGGCUGCUUAGUUUUACAACAGAGGUAUCAACGGCAACAUAUUUCGGCAUCUUACAAUAAUUUACCAGAUAACAUGGAAAAUUCUACCGACGAUGGCGCCGAACGACGUAUAGUCGAUGUUGAAGAUCUCGUUUCAUCUACUUCUAAUACUCCAAUUAUUGGCUGCGAAUAUUCAAACGGUUGCCCGACCGGAGUGUGUAGAGGUAACUAUAACGAAGUCAACGAUUGCGAUUUGUAUUUAGAUGAUGAAUAUGAAAGAAAUGCAGCAAAUGAUCCACAAAUACUUCGACAUCUUGUGUUCCUCAUUUUACUUUUAUGUUCUAUGCUUAUUGGUCUAUCUAUAUCGGUUGGAACACUAAUUACGGAACAAAUUACUGGAGUUUAUGCGGAACUGGCGUUCUUCGAUGUUGCCCUAAACUUUGGCCAGUCAUUAAUUGCGUUUGCUAUCUUCGGAUUAGAUCCUGGCCUUGGAAAACUGGGAUGCUGGCUGCGAAAAAUAUGCCAUAAAUGGCGUGCUGGGAAAGAAUUGCAACUUCCUACAGAGGAUGAGCUAAGUACAGAAGCAAAAACCAUUCGGGAGCAAUUUAGUAAUUCCCAUUUAGCUGAAUGUCGUGCUCGCAUAGCGAUAUGUCGUAGACGUUUGUUAACGGUAUAUAAAGGUGUUUUCACUGGAACUGAUUUAGUUAAUUGGUUACUCGACGCUGGCGUUGCACAAACUAGAAACGAAGCCGUUUUAUACGGUCGUUCCUUGUUAGAAAGUAGAGUAUUGCAGCACAUCGAUGGCAAUCAUCAUUUUUGCGAUCAGAAUUUACUUUAUACCUUCAAUGCCUAAUUGAAAUGUUUCGAACAAAAUGCGAAUAAUUUAGAUUCAUUUUUAUAGGUUUUUUUAUAUGUUCCUUUUUUAGAUUGUGGUGUAGUAUGGCGAUAAGAUUAUUUAUUUUUUUAAUCUACCGAAUAGGGAUCCGUCGGUACCCGAAACUACUCCUAGUAUCAAAUUAUUUUAUCAUAAAAUCUUUACAUAUCUUUAUAGAUUUCUAUGUUAUAAUUUAUUCUGACACAUUUAGUUAUAAAACCAUUGAAUUGUUCUUUGAGAUUUCUUGUAAAGAAUCUCUUCUGUAUUCGUGGGCUGUGCUUUUGUCAUCUAUAAGUGUAGUUGAUAUAUAUUUUAUUAUACAAUCGAAUGUCUUAUAAGAAAGUAAUAUGGUAAUAACACAACUGAUGCAAACAUGCCAAAGAUGAACAAUACCAUUUAACAUUCUAUUUUUAAAUCUCAAUUUCAUGCACAGUAUUGAAAGUUUCCCUGUGGAAGUAAUAUUUUGUACAGAGUUAUUUUUUUAGGUUUAUGCAAUUGUUAAAUCAACAAAGAAGGUGAUUUCAAAUUAUUGUCAAUGUU